AUGUAUCCUUUGCCCAGAUUGAUUGCACGGACCGGCCGGUCUGACGAGUCCUCGGUGCGACCUGUCCGAUCCUCGGGGCUGUCCGGCAACAGGUCGGAUUCGUCUGUUCGAGCAGAUGGUCCGUCGUACCACCUGCCCACUGCUCGAAUAGGCCUGUCCGACCUCUCAUCAGACGGCCAUGUCCGAGAGCUGCUCGGACAGGCCGGUCCGAGGCCUUGUCGGACCGGCAGGUGCGACAAAUUAAUUUUGGCAGUGUGCGUCAGCCAUGUUAGGAAACCCGAAUUGGGCGCGUUGUCCCACACCUUCCGCGGACGACCUGUCUAG